CGCCUUGCGCAGUGUCCGGGUUUGGGCACGUGUGUUACUUCCUCGGGUUUUGUGGAUUACCUUUAUUCCCGGUGAAACUGCAGGGCCGGAACUCCCUUCGUAUUUAAGGAUGAAGGCGAGAAGAAAUAAAAAGCAGAUCCCAAGCUUUCGGAAGUUGCUGAAAACUAGUAAAGUGAAACUUGAAAACAAGCUAAAAAAUAAGCAAUUUAAACAACAAAGCACUCUCAAGAAGUACCGAAAAGAACAGAGGAAACUAAGGCAAGCUGUAAAAGAUGCUGUGUCUAAGAAACCGAUUCCACUGGAAGACCCAAGGGAAAAACAAACAGGUAAAAGGAUUGAGAGGGAAGAGGAGGAAGAAGAGGAAGCCCUUCCUUUAGAUAUGAUGGAUGAAGAUGACUUACAGUUAAUGAGAGACUUAGGACAAAGAGCAUCUUUUCUAACAAGAGAUCUUUCUUCUAGUGAACCUGUUCAUGUCAAGAAACGAAAGCAUGAGCGUAUUAUAGAAAAAUAUGAAAAAAUACCAAGAACUCUGCAAACUGCACCGGAGAAGGAACUGAUUCACUUGCUUCCUAUCAAGGAUAAAAGUGGUAUAAUCCCACAGACCAGGGAGAAGCCAGUUACUGACAAUAACCAAGAUGAAGAGGAUGAAGAAGAGAUGGAACUUGAGGAAGAGAUCAUUGAAGAUCCCAUUCGAGAACUGACAUUAGAAGAACAUUUAAUUGAGAGAAGGAAGAAACUACAGGAGAAGAAAAUGCAUAUUGCAGCCUUGGCGUCUGCCAUAUUAUCAGACCCAGAAAGUAAUAUUAAAAAAUUGAAAGAAUUACGUUCCAUGCUGAUGGAACAGGAUCCUGAUGUGGCUGUUACUGUUCGAAAAUUGGUGAUAGUUUCCCUGAUGGAGUUAUUUAAAGAUAUUACUCCUUCAUAUAAAAUACGACCCCUCACAGAGACAGAGAAAUCUACCAAGAUUCGCAAAGAAACCCAAAAGUUAAGAGAAUUUGAAGAAGGCCUGGUUAGCCAAUAUAAAUUUUAUUUGGAAAAUCUGGAGCAAAUGAUUAAAGAUUGGAAGCAAAGGAAACUGAAGAAAAGUAAUGUAGUUUCCUUAAAGGCAUACAAAGGACUGGCAGAAGUGGCUGUGAAGAGCCUGUGCGAGCUGUUGGUGGCGCUGUCUCAUUUCAACUUUCACAACAACAUCAUUGUACUGAUUGUCCCUCUCAUGAAUGACGUGUCAAAAUCGAUAUCUGAAAUGUGUUGUGAGGCAGUAAAGAAACUGUUUAAACAAGAUAAAUUAGGCCAAGCUUCCCUUGGUGUAAUUAAAGUGAUUUCUGGUUUUGUGAAGGGCAGAAAUUAUGAAGUUAGACCAGAGAUGUUAAAAACAUUCUUGUGCUUAAGAAUCAAGGAAGUAGAAGUGAAAAAAGAUACAGAGGACAUUAAUAAACCAAAAAAGUUCAUGACUUUCAAGGAAAAGAGAAAAACUCUUUCAAGAAUGCAGAGAAAGUGGAAGAAAGCAGAAGAGAAAUUGGAGAGAGAGCUUCUAGAAGCAGAAGCUUCAGAGAGCACUGAGAAAAAACUUAAACUGCACACAGAGACUUUGAAUAUUGUGUUUGUAACCUACUUCAGAAUAUUGAAGAAGGCCCAGAGGUCACCUCUCCUGCCAGCAGUUCUAGAAGGUCUUGCCAAGUUUGCUCACCUUAUAAAUGUCGAGUUUUUUGAUGAUUUAUUAGUAGUACUGCAUACUCUCAUUGAAUCUGGUGACCUGAGCUAUCAAGAAAGCCUUCACUGUGUCCAGACUGCUUUUCAUAUUCUUUCUGGUCAAGGUGACGUUCUGAAUAUUGAUCCAAUGAAAUUCUAUACACAUCUAUAUAAAACACUGUUCAAGUUACAUGCAGGUGCUACCAACGAAGGCGUCGAGAUUGUACUCCAGUGCCUUGACGUCAUGCUAACUAAGCGCAGAAAGCAAGUUUCUCAGCAGAGAGCCCUUGCCUUCAUCAAGCGUCUUUGUACCCUCGCUCUUCAUGUUCUUCCAAAUUCAAGCAUUGGCAUUUUAGCAACUAACAGAAUAUUAAUGCAUACUUUCCCAAAAACAGAUUUGUUGCUUGACAAUGAAUCUCAGGGAAGUGGGGUUUUCCUUCCUGAACUGGAUGAACCUGAGUACUGUAACGCCCAGAACACGGCUCUUUGGGAAUUGCAUGCACUCCGGAGACAUUACCAUCCCAUUGUGCAGAGAUUUGCAGCUCACCUGAUCGCCGGAGCACCUUCUGAAGGCUCGGAAGCGCUCAAACCAGAGUUGAGCCGGAGAUCUGCUACAGAACUUUUUGAGACUUACAGCAUGGCUGCAAUGACAUUCAAUCCUCCUGUUCAGUCUUCAAGUUCCAAAAGGAAGGAUGAAGUUUUACAAGGGGAUGCAUUUUUGAAUGAAGAUUUAAAUCAACUAAUCAAAAGACAUUGCAGUGAAGUUGCUACUCACUUGCCUCUGGAUUUCAGAUAUUCGACAACAUCACUGCGGAGGUAGAAGAGUGAAGUGUCCAUGGGCUUUCUUGCAUAUUUGUGUUUGUUUAGAUGCACAUAGAGACAUAUUGUUAAUUUAGGACAUUCUCUUUACAUAAGGGAAGCUUCCUAAGAAAAUUAACAGAGGUGGAAGAGUUACCCUUUGCAUGGCACAGGGUUCUGCCCAGAUUCUGAAAAUGUCAUUAAGAAAGGAGAAUUGAGAGCCCCCUACCCCCAUAUUUGGAAGUUUCUUAAUGAUGUUGCCUUUUUAAAACUUAAUAUACAUCUUAAGUUAUAGUUAAAAAAAAAACUUUGAAGUGAACUUAAUUGAAUUACAGUUGCUAGAUUAAAAUGAGGGCAUAGAGUGCAGAAAAAUCAAGACCGUGAGAUUGCUUUAUACCAUUCAGCUACUCUUUAUGACCAAAACUCUUUUUUUUUUCCUUUUGAUGUUUAUUUAUUUUGGGAGGGGGAGAGAGAGAGAGAGCGUGUGAGCGAGCAGGUGAAGGGCAGAGAGAGAAGGAGAGAGAGAAUCCUAAGCAGGCUCCCUGCUGUCAGUGCAGAGCCCAAUGUGGGGCUCAAUCCCACAGACCCAUGAGAUCAUGACCUGAACCGAAAUCAAGAGUUAGACACUCAUCUGACUGAAUCACCUGGGCGUCCUGACCAAAACGCUUUCUAAUGAAGUAAAUAUAUAUUUUUUGGAACACUAUAGAUGAAAAUAAGAAUUCUAUAUUUGAAUGAGUAUAUUUUUAUAAAGAUUUUUGAGAAAAAGAGAAAAUAGUUUGAAAUUGGACACCAAGUUCAUUGGCUCUUGUUGGAUGAUACACUUCAAGAAGUAAUCUAAUUCGAUCUUUUAAAAAAAGAAUGAGAGUGUUCAUUAUGGCUACUUGCAAUGAAAGUUUGAAUGUGACUCUAAUCUCUUCAAAGUUCUUUGCAUUUUCUGAUGUGCUCUGGAGGGUGAUGGGGGAAGGACUCCUGGGUGGAAAAACCAAGUCUAAGACUUGACUCUGUUUAAGGAUAAAUGGUGCCUAUUGAAGGGCUUUUCUUCUUCUUUUCUUCCUCUUCCACCCUCUCCUCCUCUUCCUACCCUCCUCCAGCUCCUCCUCUCCCUUUGUACAGAUACGAUCCUCUUCUUUAUGAAUAUAAUUAAACAAUAUUUUACCUAAGAUACUGUCAUAUUCUAGGAAUGACCUCUGAAAUAAGUUUUUAUUACAACCAGGUUAUAAAUAUUCUUUAUUGUGAAUAAUUAAAUAAAACAGCUGCUUUUUUCUGCUUCCUA